AUGAAAUGGCGAAUUAUUGCUUCGACAAAUAACAAUGACAGCCUUCCUCUGUAUUGGAAUCCAUUGCCUCCCAAUGGUGUCAAGUACAUGUUGGGAACUGGUACCACCUAUUACAAUUGGGAUCAGAAAGCCAUGUUGGAGGUCUAUGAUGAUUUUUGCGUGCCAAUUUUCGGACCACUUGAUGACAAGUUGAAUCGUUUCCGAUGUCACUUUCUGAAUGUCAACCUCACGAGUUAUUUAAUUUCUUUGGAUGAAUCACCAUUUCCUCCCUGUUGCGUAUUUGGAGAGCAAGUUUUUCAUCCUCCUGAACCAGAUUUUCUGAAAAACAUGGUUUACAAUUCAACUGGACAAAUUAUGGGUCAACCAGUGAAUUGGUGGGUAUUAGAUAGCGAUCCCAAUGAUCCUGCUGAACCUUUUGGAUAUGGAUUUUAUCAAAAGUCUUCUUCGUAUGGCGAAAUUCCUGCUGCAUUCUGGUUUCGAACAGUGAAUGGUUUUUCCAUUCAAUACUUUUACAAAUUCGAAGAAAAGCAGCCGGAUCCAGCUGUUUGGAGAUUACCCUCCAUUUGUGUGAAUGCUCCUUCAUGUGGUUAUUUGUGA